GGAAAAGAAAUCUACCACCAUGGCAGGUAAUAAGUGAUAAUAGAAAAAAAGAUAUGAUUCUAGCUGCUAGUUACAAGGGUAUUUCUGAGGAAGGGGCCAUAGAGGCGUAUAUGGAACUGUUAGAGCUAUACUUCGAAA